AUGGUGAAACGGAAGCAAAUCUCAGAGCCACAACAACAACAACAACCAUCCCCACCAGAAGAAACCUGCAAAUCCCUCAUAAAGAAACUCGCCUCCUGCAAGCAAACAAUCCGAGACCGUUCCCUCCGCACCCUCCUCCACACAUGGCUCCCCGAACAAACCUCAGUCCCCGACGAAGACAUGAAGAAGCUAUGGCAAGGCAUCUUCUACUGCAUGUGGCACGCAGACAAGUCUGUCUACCAAUCCGACCUAAUCGACAGUCUCUCCUCUGCUCUACACUCCCUCCCUCUCCCUCUCGCUGUCCACUACUUCACCGUGUUUCUGUUCACCAUGCGACGUGAGUGGUCACGCAUCGAUAGGCUGAGGUUAGAUAAGUUCUACCUCUUGAUACGCAGGUUCUUGCGCGGGUGGUUUGGUGUGAUGAGUGGGAGCUCGUGGGAUUUGGAUUUGACGAGACGGUUGGUUGGUGUUUUGUUCGAUGGGACGUUUCUUGCUGGGGACAAGUUUAAUGGGAAUGGUGUUAACUAUCAUGUUGCGUCGGUUUUCGUUGAGGAGGUUAGGGGGUUUCUUCCGGUGAGGAAGGAGGUUUUGGAGGUUCUGUUUGGGCCGUUUGUGAUGGUUAUUGGGGUUGUUAGUGAUAAGGUUUUGGUUGGGAAGAUUAAGAGUAAUGUUUUUGAUGAGUUUGUGAAGAUGGGGAGGAGGUUGGUGGAUGUUAGGAAAGAUGGGGGUGGUGAUGGUGUGUCUGAGGAUGAUGAUGUUGUGGUUUUGGGGUCUAUUGGUUUGUCUAUGGAGUUUGGGAAGAGGUUUUAUGAGAUUGGUUCUUCUCCUGAUUGUCAUCAGGGGAAUAGGAAAGUGAUUUUUUCUCUUCAUCAAGAUUUUUUGCAGUUGGAGAAGGAUAUGUUGAGUUCUGGUGUUGUGGUUUCCAUCACUGAAGGGACUCGUGACGAUGAGGAAGUGCCUGAGCUGGUUCCUAUGACUGGUGUGAUUGGAGGAGAAGUGCCUGAGAUUGUUGCAAAUGGGUCUUCGAAGAAGAAGAAGAAGAAGAGUUUGAAGAAAUGUUCAAAGUCUAAGAAGAAGGAUGCUGAUGAUGUUGUUGUUGUCAAUCAUGGUGAGAAAGAUGAGUCUGUUGACGAGACUAUGAUAUCGGAUCUUCGUCAGGAGUUUGAGAAGAUUGCAUCGGAGAUGGGACCAGUGAGAGAUGAGGUUGCAAGUGUCUGUGAAGAAGCAGAACCUGUUUCAGUACCCAAAAAGAUGUCCAAGAAGAGGAAAAGAGAGAACAAAGGGGUUGUAGAGCAAGGUACUACUACUGUUAACAGAGAUGCAGCAGAGAGGAGCUUACCUGGUCCGAGCAGUGAGAAGAGCUCAAAGAGAGUAAGAUUCGCAAUGAAGAACAAUCUUGUGUGGAAGCCUCAUUGCCCUCUACCUCCACAGGACUUGAGGUUGCCUCCGUCUGCUACACCGAGAGGAAGUGCUCUGAAGAAAGGAAUCCCGGCUGGUCCAGUGAGGGAGUCUCCGAGUAGGAAAACAAAGAAGAAAGUGAAACCCAACACACGUAGGGGAGUCAAGUCAAUCAAGAAUAUGAAGAAGAAAGUGUCUCCAUGA